ACAGCGUUUCCACACUGGUUACAGAAAGGCCUCGCAUAUUUAUCUCCUCCCACGUCAUGCUGAGCGAAAUAAGUACUUUAUCGAGUAGUAUUUUCUCGGAAUUGGAUUUUUUUUUUUUUUUUUUGCUCCAUACACCAUUUCUUCCUUCAGUUCCUUCCACGUUAAGUAACUCUUCCGUCUCUUGCACUGCAUAUUGUCCAGCGUUAUAGUCGUCCCAGUCCCAAAAACGUUUCUCGGGAGUGCUAUGGAGUACAAGCCAUGCGUUUUACCUUGGCCGUACCUGCGUCCGUUCUUCGAAUGCGUUAGGGAAUACGAGAACAAUCUUCAGGUGCAGUGUAAAUUGUGUUUGCCGGCGGAAAAGUAUCUGUCCGUCGGGAAAGGUUCGAAUUCAAACCUCAGGAAACAUGUGAAGUCGAUGCAUCCAGCCAGAGUACGUGAAAUGGAUAGACACCACUACAUCUCUCCCACGAGGGAAAGAGGAAUGGUCUCAGAGGUCCUGUACAGAACGAAUACAGCUUUCCGUGUGUAUCCGGUACGUCCAAACGAAUGCAUAGCGUCAACAGAGACGGAUAUUUCGUCGCCGUCAACGUCGACGGAUACAACGUCGUCCCUUCAUCUCAGCGAGGUCCGCUCGCUGGCUGUUCCAUUUGCGCCGCAGACAUCGCUGGAACCCUCGAUCCAGAUCAAGAAGGAGAUUACCGACGUAUCCGUGGAGCAAGAAUCGCUUCCCCAACGAUCCCCCACACCUUCAAGUACGACUAGGGCGACAAUCGCAUCGCAUGCAUCAUCACCAUUCGUAUCGUAUUCAGAACCCGUCACCAGUUCUCCGGUCGUUCCUCCUGAACCGGUGUACUCCAGACAUUUUCCCACGAGCGAACCCCCAGGUAUUCCACUUCUGGUGAGACCAGAACCACACCCCGUCACUGCGACGAGUCUACUACAGCAACCCGAACCCUCUACAACCGGAGCGUUCUUCGGACCUCGCAAGCGCUCGGCCAGCCCCCGGACCAGACCGUCUCCGGCUGAGCAGACGGCUGAGAUCGAAUUUGAGAGCCGGUUCGCACAGCGGGAGAGACUCGGGGCGGAAUUGAGGAAACUUGAAGCGGACGAGCGAAAAGUUCUCGCUGAAACUCGGCUGCUGAACGAGAAGACGAGGAAGUGUGAAGAAGCAAAGAGGAAGUUUCAAGCUGAAGCUGAGUUCUUCGUUCAGGAGAAAGCGAGGUCCGUGGAGGAGACGCGGAAAGCAGCCGCGAAGGCGGCUCUUCAUCGGGAACAGAAAAACUUCUACCUGGAACAGCAGAAGACAGAGGUGAUGCGCCGCAGAUUGAUUCUGCUGGAAAUCAGGAAGGCGAAACGAGAACUUCAACUUGAUCGGUGACAGCAGUGCAUGCCGUGGUGUGUGUUUCUCGCUCACUUUGGACUCGCUGCAUUCAUUUCAUUUCCUCAUCACAGCUGCAGGGACAUACAGAUGUGUUGGUGUUGACUUUGAGGCAAUACUGUGAAGGCUCUCUGUUGUUAUUGUUGUUGAUUCAGUCUUCUGGCGCCUUACUGUUACCAUUAAAACGUUAAAA